AUGGCUACUCUCGAUACCUUGAAGCAGGCUCUGAGGCAGGUGAAUCCAUCCUCAGCAAGGCAGCCAUUGUCUGACACACAGUAUGAGGCUGGCUUCGAUAUUUUAAUGCAAGGCUCAUGCUGGACGACGUAUCAAGAAUUUGUUUACCCUCAACUAUCUCGGCUGCUCGACCCUCUGUUCAACUCGCGCACUCAUAUUUCCGUGCUAGAAAUUGGACCCGGUCCGGAAAGCGUACUCGGCCAUCUGUCAAUUGACUUAAGGCAGAAAAUCAGGAGCUAUGUUGCUUUUGAGCCUAACAGUUUGUUCGCCACUAAAUUGGGGACAUGGCUCUGCACCCCUAAGACGAAGAAGCAUCGCCCGCUGCCAAAUUUGGAAAACGCGUUAAACAUCUUUCCAGUACCUUUUGAUCUAGACAGCUACGUCGGGAAAGAUACCGGCCCAGGUGAUGCUAUUGAAAAGUUUAACGUCGUCCUAUUCUGCCAUAGUAUGUACGGCAUGCAACCGAAACGCAGCUUCGUUGAAAGAGCGCUGAAAAUGCUUGUCGAGCAGGCAGAAGGCGGAAUGGUUGUGGUUUUCCAUCGCGAUGUCACCAUGGACCUCGACGGUUUGGUCUGCCAUCGAACGGCUUCGUUCCCUACAGGACUUGUUCGUGUGGCAAAUAACGACAAGACCAUAGAUUGUUUUGCUUCUUUCAUCACGGGUUCUGCGGUACAGGAGGACGAUGCCGUCCUAGUCAAGUGGCGCAAGGUGUGUCGUGACCUGGGCCGUCGGGAGGAAGCCGACUCUCAAGAACAUCUUCUGUUCAGCUCGCCCGACAUCAUGGCAGCCUUUACUCGGCAUUCCACGGCGUUGCCGGAGUUAAUGGCAAAGGUGCCUGUGGUGAUUAACAAGACGGUAAAGAACCGGAAGGCCCGUCUCAGCUGCCCUGCCACGAUCAUGAGGCCGACUGAGAUUCAACAUGUGCAGAACUGUGUUCAAUGGGCUCUCAACCACGAUGUCGGCCUGACCGUUAUCGGCGGGGGUCAUAGUGGCCAUUGUCUUUGGCCGAAUGUUGUCGCUGUUGACAUGGCUGCCUUCGAUCGACUCCAUGUUCUCACCCAGGGGGAAGAUGUGGAAGAACCGAGAUCCAGCUCCGGUUGUUUGGUCAUCGCUGAGGCCGGGUGUACAACGGGCGACAUUGUCCGAAAGACCAUGGCGGCCGGCUUGACAGUGCCUCUAGGCGCCCGUCCUAGCGUAGGAGCCGGCUUAUGGCUACAAGGCGGCAUCGGGCAUCUGGCUAGGCUUCACGGGCUCACGUGCGACGCUGUGGUCGGCGCCGUAAUUGUCAGCGUCGACUCUGGUCAGGUCCUCUGUGUCGGUCACGUACCACGCCAACACCAACCAGCAGGUGCCGUGCGACCCGAGAACGAAAAAGAUCUGCUGUGGGCGAUGAAAGGUGCUGGAACCAACUUUGGCAUUGUCGUCAGCGUUACUUUCAUGGCGUAUGCGGCUCCAACCUUCACAACAAGAGACUGGAUUAUCCCCAUGCGUGACAGUCUGGAGGUGCGGCGCAGGCUUCGCGAAUUUGACCAAUCGGUCGCUAGCAAUCUUCCCCGAAACUGUUCUGCAGACGCAUAUCUAUACUGGGACGCCGGUCAGCUAUAUCUUGGUGUGACGCUGUUUGAAUCUACCACGACUGGGCUUACCUCUUCGACAUCUGCGCCCAUCCUCACGCUCCUGACUCAAGUGCUGGGUUCAGAAGCCAACUGCAGGCUCUUAGACAGUGUUGGUUUGUUCGAGGCCGAGAUGUACAUGACUGAGAUGCACGGCGGGCAUGUGGGCGGUAAGACGUCUUCCUUCAAGCGGUGUUUAUUCCUUAAGGGCAUAGGAAGAGAUACCGUCGCAAAUGCUCUGUUAAGGGCCAUUGAAACUCGUCCCUCCCCACUUUGUUAUCUCCAUCUGCUCCAAGGCGGUGGAGCGGUCGGCGACGUGGCCAAGGAUGCAACUGCGUUCGGCAAUCGAGACUGGGACUUUGCCUGCGUUGUCACAGGUGUCUGGCCCCGUGAACAAGAUCGCAGUGAAGAUGCCAGAGCCGCCGAGCAGUGGGUUUACGACGUCGCCAGGGACCUGUUGCCCUUGAGCAGCGGAACUUACGGCGCCGACCUAGGGCCGGACCCCAGGGACGCCGCACUAGCGAGUAAGGCCUUCGGACCGAACCAGCCGCGCUUGAUUCAUUUGAAACACGCCUCAGACCCUUACAGUGUCCUUUCUUACACGUGCCCUCUCCCGAAAGCGCCGAUGGUACAGAAGCUCAUUUUACUUGUUACGGGUGACAGCGGCGCCGGUAAAGACUAUUGCGCUGACGCCUGGGCCUCUUUGCUCAUCAGAUGCGCCGGCAACAGUCUAACAGUACGAGUCGUCAGCAUCAGCAGUGCCAUGAAGGAAGAAUACGCGGAAGAGAGUGGUGCUGACCUCGGUGGCCUGCUUUACGACCGAAGAUACAAGGAGCAACACCGGUCAGCGCUGAUAAGAUUUUUCCAACAAAAGGUACAAGAAAACCCUCGGCUUCCAGAGGAACAUUUUGUGAAUGUCGUAUAUAACGCCGCGGACGUUGACGUGCUACUUAUAACUGGUAUGAGGGAUGAAGCGCCAGUAGCAUCCUUAUCACAUCUAGUAGCAGACAGGAAGAUGCUCGAUGUGCGCGUUGAAGCUAGCAGAGAGACACUGCGGGCCCGUGGAGGAUGGCGUAACGGCAACGACGUUGUUGACGAUGAGGACAAUAACAACAGCGACGCUGAAGGGUUGAAUUCGGGGGCCGUGCAUUACCGCCCCAGCUUCAUCUUCAAGAAUGACACAGCUGGUGACGAGAUGGCGAAGACGUUUGCCGAACAAUAUCUGCUCCCCUUCCUACACGAGGACCUACAUCGACUGGCCGAUAUGGUUCACACGUCACCCGACUUCCCGCGCCCAGGCAUUGAAUUUCGUCACGUGCUUGGCAUAUCUGAGCAGCCGGGUGGGCUGGCCCUGUGCUCUUCUCUGCUGCACACUCACUUCACCGGUAAUUGGCUUGAAGUCGAUGCGGUGGUGUGUUGCGAGGCCGGUGGCUUCGUCUUUGCGUCGGCGCUGGCUUCACGGGCCGACGUGCCAUUAGCGCUGAUUCGCGAGGCCGGACACCAACGACUCCGACGACGAACCGACAUUCACGAUGUCAAUCUAGACCGUGGUCUCUGCAACGGGCGUCAAGGCGUCGUAGUUGGAUUCGUGGAUAGUUGCAUGGUGGAGGAGCCUCGGCCGCCGCAGCAAAUUAACUACGAAAGUGACAAAGACGGCUUUCGUGCUGCGAUCGAGAGGCACAACCAGAUUGUGGCCUAUCUCAGACUUGCACGUAGUAACGAGGUCUUUUUUCCCGAAGUCAAGUUCGCAAAUGGCGAGCAGCGGGUUAUCGGGCCCGAUUGUGCUGUCAUCGGGUACGGUGAUCAGUCACCCUAUAGCUAUCUAUCGCGAACACAGAUCCCUCUCGCGCAGGGAUGGGCUAUCACUAUUCACAAAAGUCAGAGUCUGAGCCUUGACCGUGUCGUUGUUGAUCUUUCAAACAUCUUUGAGCACGGGCAGGCAUAG